GUUGUUGAGAAGGACGCGCCAUCGCCUCUGCAGCUGCUGUGGCCCGGGUGUUGGGCCACCUCUGCCCGCCCUCGCCUCCGCUGCCUCCAGUCCCUUUUCUCUGUUGUUCCCGCGCCUUUGCUGCUUCGGUCCCCAGUCCUCGCUGCCCGGAAGGGUCCCCGCACCAGCGAAGCCGCCACUCGCCGGCUGACCCGGCUGCGGUCGCGGAUUGUCUCUCCCUCGGUCCGCCGAGGACCCGCUCCUGGUCCACCUGAAGGCCACCUGAAGGCCAGGCUUCGGCCCCGAAGUCCGAUUGACUUCUGGAGCACCUUUGAGCGCCCAGCCGCCGCUGCUGCAGGAGGAGCGGCCACGCCCCGCGAGCACACUCGGCGAUCCCCGGCCCUGAGGCUCGUGCCUUCGCCUCCCGCCCUUCCUUCUCGCCUUCUGCACUGCAACGACGCGACGCCCCGGCUGCUGGCUGCGGACCCCAACCCGAGACGCAAGAUGGCGACCGCCGCGUGACUGAGCUUCCCGAGACCCAGCUGCGCGGACCCGCCGGCUAACUGACUUUGGGGGCAGGAAACGGGCGAGACCAGAACUUUGGUGUCAUUUGUUAAUUGUGAUUGCGUGAAGCUUGUCGCCCUCUGUCCUGCUUGGAGGGUGUGUCGCAUUGUUCUAAAUCGCAGAUUACGGUGAGCCAGUCUAAUCCAUAUUUGUAUAAUUGGCGCCCUUGAUAGUUGGGGAAAUGGCAAUGACACUGUUGGAAGACUGGUGCAGGGGGAUGGAUGUGAACUCCCAGAGAGCUCUGCUGGUCUGGGGGAUCCCAGUAAACUGUGAUGAGGCUGAAAUCGAAGAGACCCUCCAGGCUGCGAUGCCUCAGGUACCCUAUCGAGUACUUGGGAGAAUGUUCUGGAGGGAAGAAAAUGCGAAAGCAGCCUUGUUAGAGCUCACUGGGGCGGUAGAUUACGCCGCGAUCCCCAGGGAGAUGCCAGGUAAAGGAGGAGUUUGGAAAGUGGUCUUUAAGCCCCCCACUUCCGAUGCUGAGUUUUUAGAAAGGUUGCACCUCUUUCUAGCUAGAGAGGGGUGGACCGUGCAGGAUGUUGCCCGUGUCCUUGGGUUUCAGAACCCUGUUCCCGCCCCAGGUCCAGAAAUGCCAGCAGAGAUGCUCAACUACAUUUUGGAUAAUGUUAUUCAGCCUCUUGUUGAGUCCAUAUGGUACAAGAAGCUGACUCUGUUCUCUGGGAGGGACAUCCCUGGGCCUGGAGAGGAGACCUUUGAUCCGUGGCUGGAGCACACUAAUGAGGUCAUAGAAGAGUGGCAGGUGUCUGAUGUAGAAAAGAGGCGGCGGUUGAUGGAGAGUCUGAGAGGCCCCGCCGCUGAUGUUAUUCGCAUCCUCAAGACCAACAACCCUGCCAUAACCACCGCGGAAUGCCUGAAGGCGCUUGAGCAGGUGUUUGGGAGCGUGGAGAGCUCUAGGGAUGCGCAGGUCAGAUUUCUGAACACUUACCAGAACCCAGGAGAAAAGUUAUCUGCUUAUGUCAUUCGUCUGGAGCCUUUGCUGCAGAAGGUGGUGGAGAAGGGGGCCAUUGAUAAAGAUAACGUGAACCAGGCCCGCCUGGAGCAGGUCAUUGCCGGGGCCAACCACAGCGGGGCCAUCCGGAGGCAGCUGUGGCUGACGGGGGCUGCGGAAGGGCCGGCCCCUAACCUUUUCCAGUUGCUGGUGCAGAUCCGCGAGGAGGAGGCCAAGGAGGAAGAGGAGGAGGCUGAGGCCGCUCUACUGCAGUUAGGCCUGGAGGGGCACUUCUAAGUAUCAGGAGAGGGGGCUUUAGUGCAGACCUAGAUCGCAGCUGCUUUCGUUAUACCUGUGCGGUCUUCAGGCGUGUCUCUUGAGUAGUGAAGACUUAGCCUUUUAUUUUGUUUUUUUUUUCCCCCCCGGGGUGGGUGGGACAGGGCGGGGAAGUCAGGCCUGCAUACCCCUGUAACAUCCGUAAAAUUGUGCAAGCUAGCACUGUAAGCUGCAGCAAUGAUACAAGUGGGUCAUGCUGGCUAAAACGCCAGAGAAAGGCUUGGACACAAUGAUUGGUGCAAGCUGUCAUCGUGGCAUCAUCGUCCUUCGUGAAAAAACGUGAACCUGUGACACUUCCUAUUGAGAUAAAUGUGAAAUUGCAUGUUCAGAUGUUUAGUGCAGGGCCUGGCUCACGGGAAGUGUUCAGUAAAAAUGUGAACUGUUAUAUUUGUUACUAAUAUCGUGACUAGUUUCUGUUUACUGUAAAUUGCUCCUGAUUUAUAUUAAUGGAACUAAAUGCGAAUUUAUUAGUUGCUAUUGCUCAGCUUUACAAUGCAGAUUUAUUUCUCAUCUUUUGGCAUCAAUUUAACUGAAAAGUAUUCUGAGACUACAAAAUGGGGUGUAUGGAAAUACUGCAGUUAUGGAGCUGUGUAAAUCAAUUUUUCACAGGAUGAGAUAAAUCGCAUGGGGAGGUUGGUAUGAGUAACCCAUUCCUCCACUUCUGGUCUUUGUUACGAAAUAAUUCUUGUUCAUGCUGAUUCUAAGUGUUUAAAGUUUGAAGUUAUAUCAAAUAGACGUAUACAAAUAAAAAUAAUUUAAAAGUUU